UAUUUCCAGGACCCGGUUUACCACUGUAAUCUACCUACCUAGACACUUGGUACUACAGAUACCUUACCUUACCUAGUACCUACCGCCCAUCCACCACAUUCCCUCCCAUUGCUUCCCACCUUGCAUUCCAUCCAUACCGACCGAACCGACCUUGGAUUCGCCCCUCCUGCCGCGCAACCCACGAUUAAGAUCCUGAUCUUGAUUUUGAUCCUGAUCCACGACCACGCCGCCUCUGUUAUUCGAGAACUCGAUUCGCAUCUUCCUCGCCUGACUCUCCGCCAAACCUGACCCCCCAUCUCGACAACCUUUUCCCGACGACCGACGAUUUGGUUCCCCUCGGGCGACGUUCGAUACAGCCUCUCUCUCUCUCCUUGUCUUUAGUCCGCCCGCUUGCUAGGCUCGCCCAACGCCGGCCUUUCCACAACCACCUCAUCUCUCCCAACCAGACCCUACACAUCACGCAAAAUGGCUGCUCGAGGCCCCGGUGCUCCCGGUGCCCGUGGAAUGAACACGCGCUUCGCGCAGUUCAAGCUGGUUCUGCUAGGCGAGUCCGCUGUCGGCAAGAGUUCCAUCGUGCUGCGAUUCGUCAAGGACCAAUUUGACUCGUACCGCGAAUCGACCAUCGGUGCUGCUUUCUUGACGCAGACCAUCUCCCUCGACGAGAACACCACAGUCAAGUUCGAGAUCUGGGAUACCGCCGGACAGGAGCGAUACAAGUCGCUCGCUCCCAUGUACUAUCGCAACGCCAACUGCGCCGUCGUCGUCUACGACAUCACCCAAUCUGCAUCUUUGGACAAGGCCAAGGCAUGGGUAAAGGAGCUCCAGAGGCAAGCGAACGAGAACAUCAUCAUCGCCCUGGCUGGCAAUAAGUUGGACUUGGUCACCGAGCAGCCCGACAAGCGAGCCGUUUCCACAGCAGACGCCGAGGCCUACGCGCGCGAGGCCGGCCUCCUCUUCUUUGAGACAUCGGCCAAGACGGCCGAGAACGUCAAGGAGCUCUUCACUGCUAUUGCCAAGAAGCUGCCGCUUGACCAGGCCGGCCCUAGGCAUGCCCGGCCUGGUCAGCGACAGGGCGUGAGCCUGCAGCCCGAGACUCCUGGCAGCAACGUCGGCGGACCUUGCAGCUGCUAGAUGAGACGGACGCAAACCAAAUACCGCAUGGCCGAUGGAAUCCAUGGAGGCCCAGCGGGGCGAUGGGGUCAAGUUUCUCGUCCAGACGAGGCAGGCUCCCGUUGGCAGACUGCUCGAGGCGAUCCUUCAGCCAGGCACCGAACCAACACGAGCAUGUAACACGACGACGGCGUUUGGGCUGGACGGGGUCCGGCGGCGUUGUUGUCGCGCACCCUACACCGAAGAAAGGGUAUGCCAGGCCCAGCUCCCCACCCCCCCUUUUUUUUUAAUAUCAACAGUACGCUUUUUCGAGAGUGUGAUUUUUACAUUUCGUGCCUUCAUUGCGCUGGUUCUUCGGUUGCGGCAACUCGGGUGUAGGGACAGUCCUGGAACAAGACGGUGUACGGGAAACGGAUUCACUUUACUGGGAGAAGCAUCCUGCAGCAUUUUUCUGAUGUACAGUAUGCGAUAGAGGCAACUGUUUCUCAAGGAUGGGUCGUAUACAAUUUUUCUCUCUUCUUUUUCCGUUCAGAAGGCAGUCAAUUUGGAUGUGAGUUUGAGGACGGGUAGGUCGUGCCGUAUGACGAGGUACUCGUUGUGUUUAAUUCUUGGCCAGUGAUGAGAGAGAGAGGGGAGAGCUGUGAUGGAUGACGACCAGGGUGACAUAGCAUGUCAUGUGUUUGUUCAUCCAUGAGAUGCGUAGCUGCGCGAGAAGGGAGUAGUUAGUAGGUAGAGUUGGUAUAAUUUGAUUACAUGGUACCCGGAAGAACUCGAUC